UGUGUGUGUGUGUGAGGGGCAACACGCUGGUUGAUGACAGUUGUUUGUGUCUCUUGCAGCAGAAUAAACACCAGAGUCUUGAGCUCCUCAUUGUUGACAGACAUGCGGUGCUCUGUUGGUGUUAAAGAUAACACCUUUGUGUUACUUUGCUGGGCGCUGCAGAGUGAAGGAAACCCUCAUCUUGGUAAUGGCUGUGGAUGACCAUUCAGUGACCAUUCAGCAGCCUUAGGAAUGAUGACUCAAAGGGACAAAGUGUCAUGAUCCCCCCCUCUGGCCCUGCAGCUUUUGCAGAACAAUCGAGCAUCUCUUCUUGCCCUCUGUAUUUAUGUUGUCUUUUGGCCUGUAACAGAGCUGGUGUGUCUGGCCAGCAUAUGGCCUCCACUGACUGGUUAGCAGGCUGGUAUGGUGCUUAUUACCAUUGUAUUGUCUCUAUUGGAAAACUAAGACCUCUGUACGAGGUUACAGUUGUGAUCUGAGUGAAAGCUGGCAAAAGAAAAAGGCUGCUGGGUGGAUGCCAACGCAUUAAGUCUUUUAAUCACUGUGACUUUUGAGCCUGGUGUUAAUGUUGUCACACCAUUAUGUCUGCAGUUUGCUGCUGUGCGUGGAGCUUCCUGACUUAGCACUACUUCUUCAAGCCAUGAUCUGACUCCAGUGACGUGCUUUGUAAUACAACACUUCAUUUUUUUCUCUCUUCUCUCUCAGUGCUCCCCCACAUUGAUUCACUUUUCUUCCAGCAGCCCACAUUGUGUACAGAAUGGAUUCAUUUUGCUGAAUGGAUUUUGGCUUUUCAUCAGACUCUGAAAUAAGGCAUGCUGUAAAGUCGUUUGGUUUCUUCCAUAGUAUCAGCAUUCACUUGAGAAUCUUAAUUACAGGCUUCGAAUAGGCCUCGGUCUGGUUUCAGGCAUCCCUCACUGUUUCCUAGGCUAGGCUGGUCCCCGUUGGUAAUUCCAGGGCCGACCACAGUGGUAAUGAGCACGGUGGUGGCGGCAUUCCAGGAGAUCACAACUCCAAAGGCUCAUGGGAAAGGGUGGUGGGGAAGUCUGGGAGACAGUGAAUCCACAUCAUAAUCUCCUGCUAUAAACACCCACUUCCGUAGAUGUUACGUUUUCACGGUCCGGUGAGCAGUGAGGAUGGGUGGAACGGUCAACUGCCAUCCCUGACACGUGCACAGAUAGUUGCCAUUAGCUGUGAUCACAUGGUUUGCAAUUAGCAUAUUUUGACAAGAGCAAUUAAGGUACUUCCAUCCGGUGCAGACUGUUAUCAGCAGUUACUUCUUCAGGAAAUGAAUCACCAAUCCUCUUACACACAAUCAAAAAGUAUUACUUUUUUUUUUUGCUCCACCAAAUACUGUGAGUCAGUGACUCCACAUCUUGUAAAGGCCAUGGCAAAUGGUGUCAAUUUAUUGGUAAUAAGAUGCAACUUCAAGUGAGAUUUUAUGUUUUACCCGAACCCACCCACUUACUCAGGCUAGACCUCUGACCACAGACAUUGUGAAAGUCUUCAGAGAGUUAUGGGGUGUAAGUGGGUAAAUCCCACAUUACCCAGCCUGUCUCUGAUUACCAGGCUGAAUUCCUGUUGACGUCUUUAGUUUUAGCUUGGUGCAGGGCAGCGAGAGUGUAGUUCACUCCCUGUGCAGGCCCCUACCUUGCGCACUAACUCAGCACUGUUCCUCUCCCCCUCUUGCUGCAGCCUUGUCUCAAUAUUGGUCCAUCGCUGACCUGACAUCGCUGCUCGGCUCAAGCCAGAAGUGUCAGCAGAUAUUGCGCCCACAGCAGAUUACUGAGCCUGGUUGGUGGAUCCAGGCCCUUUGUUGCAGUGUUUUCACUAAGCAGUGGUGCUCAGUUCAGGCUGCCUGUUCCUCAUUGUGCUACUGUGUGCCCAAAGCUGCAUCAGUUCACAUGAGUUACCGUGGUGAAUGGGCCAGACCUAUGGGAUCAACACAAUAACAUCCUGUCAAAGGAGGCUCUCAUCCACACGGGCGCUGUGUCUUCCUGGUCCCUACAGGAAAAGGCCUGAUACCCAUCUCUAAACACAGAGCAUGAGACAGGAGCUGAGGAUUAAACACAGCCUUGCUAACACACACAUGCCGUAAUUUUAUGUGUGCAUGUGGACAGAUCCUCUUGCCUCAGAAAUACUGACUAAUAAAGCAGCGUUUACUGUUUACUGCCACACACUGAACUGGUUUUUACAUGAUAUGAAUGCUGAGAGCUGUUAGCUGCUCCAGCGGUUGUGUCCAAGUUAUGAACCGUGGUUUCAUGCAUGUGUGACACUGAAACAAGGCAAUCUAAUGAUAUUCUCUAAUCACGUUAGCGGCCGUAAAGUAGUCUCUUGUGAUCUGCUGAAAUGUUUUAGGAAAGGUCUUGGCUUAUGGCAGACAUGUGAGAUAGACAAUAAAUUAACUGACUUAAAAAGACAAGAGAGAAAACAAAGACGGCAUUUUCCAGAAAGUUCUGUUUUAUCCUUAGGCGAUUUUCUCAUCCAAGUCAUGGACCCAUUGACCUGAUUUUAAACAAAUUAGCCUCAACUUAUCUCUUAACGGUUCCUCCAAUUUGUUUGUGUGAUUGUUUUUUUCUUUUUCUGUUGUUGUCUGUCUCUUCCCACUACGUUUUUGUUUACUGUCAGACAGAUGCUCAGUAUAGAACCGCAGUGGAGCAGAGCGGGCCAUAAAAAUGAGUUGUGCUUUCUUGUUUAUGAAUGUGUUUUAAUGAAUGUGGCACAGGAAUCAGCAGGGACCUUGUGAGCUGAUGCUGCGUGGACAAGCGCAGCAUUGAGACAUUCUUCCACUUCAAAGCCCCUGGAGGGUUUUCUGGACACUGGUUGAAUAGGAGCUGAGGGAGGGGCGCGUGGGGGGAACAGGUGCAGUCCAAGAGAGGGGUAAUUCCCGCUGCCAUCUGCUUUCUUUUUUGGGGUCUGGGCUCUUUAAACGCCCUCUGACACGCCUCAUGGCGACACACUCCCCUAGCCAGCCGCGCUGUACCCCGUCACCAUGGCACCCUGAUUCAGAUUAACCCCCGAACAUGUGCCGAGUCAAGCGUGGGGGCCGCUGCCUUUUGUGAUGGAGGAGCAGGGAGGAGGGAGGAGGGAGAUGGAGAGCUGCGUGUGUGUGUGAAAGGACACUCGCCAUUGAUUUACUUUUGUUGCAGAAAGGAGGAGAGGCAAGCAUGAGUGAAGUAAUUUGGUAGGAAAAAAAGAACAAGAAUUUUGAUCUUUUCUGCUGAUCAUGCUGAGUUUUCUUCAUCUGACCAAACUGUUUUUAUUUUUAUUUUUAUUUUUAUUUUUACAGGUAUUUCAAGAGGCCUUUGAAGAAAUAGCAAAGAUGACAGCUGUUGAGAGUAAAGAGGAGAUCAGUGACACUGACAGUGGGAUUAUCUUACACUCUGGUCCAGAUAGCCCCACAUCCCCAGUGAAGGACCUGACCAUCCACACCAGGGCCCUGAAGCUAAAGCACCAGUCCCUGGAGGACCGACUGGAGCUCUGCCUGCUGGAGCUCAGAAAGCUCUGCAUCAGAGAGGCAGAGCUGACUGGUACACUGCCCUCAGACUAUCCUCUGAUGCCAAAUGAGAAGCCCCCCCGGGUUCGAAGGAGGAUAGGUGCUGCAUUCAAGCUGGAUGAAGGUCUGAUCCAUCAGGAUGGAGAGGAUUCAGAGUUGAAAGCUCUUGAAGCUGACCUGGCUCUUCAGCGCCAGAUUUAUGAGGCAGCUCGGAGACUCUCCCUGGAGGAGAACCUCAGUAAACCCCAGAAGAAGAGCCGGCUGCAGCAGUGCAAGAGGGAGGAGAGGAAAGUGAAGGAGCUACAGGAGGCUUUGUGCCAGCACAAGAUCAGGAGCGAGUGUACUUCCCCACGCACCAUAACCCCCACCAACCAAAGCAAAGAUUUAUGCAUGUCUGAUGACAGCUCCCUGUCUGAUGUGGUCGCUCUGGAUGAUGACAUGGACUCCUCUACCCCUCUCUCUCCUCCGCCACUGGGCACUUCCUGUUCAGACCCCCUCCAGCUGUCCGCCAAGUCCCUCCAGUCACCACUGCAGUCGUCAAACCAGACCAGUGUGGAGUACGAGCGCUCUCCCAUUCAGAACUCUCCAUGGAAAGAGUCCAGUCUGGACCAGCCUUAUCAGAAAGCCUCAAAACCUCACUCUGCAUGCAGCAGCAGGUCCAGUAGUCCAGUGGGAACCCCGGUGUGUGCAGACAGCAGGGUUCUUCCCUCGCAGUUCAUCAAAAGCUUGGCCCUACGUCACACCCACUCCAGCAGCGCCCCCUCCACCCCAGAGCUACAUGUACGCCGACAGUACUCCCAGUCUUUCAGACUUCCCAAAGGUAAGCCAGCUGCUGACAUGGAGAGACUCAGUUCGGAGAACAACCGGGGGCGCACCAGGCUGCCCCAGCGCCGCUGUGUGGCUGAUUUCAUGGUGCAUUCUCCAGAAUAUUCCCCACGGCGGCUGUACCAGUCCAGCUCUGAGGACAGCAGCUCUGAGCACUCUGCCUCCUCCUACACCAGUUCCCCCUGCAGGGAUGGGCCCACCGAGAUCCCUAAGCUCUGCCCUCCACCUUAUGGAUUCCGCUUUGGAGGCCAGAAUAAAGGGCUCUCCAGCUUCCCCAGCCCUAGUGCACACAAGAACAACAAUCAGUCCCAGGCCGGCCCCAGCUACAGCAGGGCCAUGGCAGAGGAACGCCCUCUUUCCCCUCUGGACCUGGACAUGGGGAAGUGUUACGUAUCUCCCCCUCCCCCUGUUGCUCGCAACCUCCAUCAAAGACAGUGGCAAGAAGGGGCAUCGUCCCCCAGGAGGAUGCUGAAGCCCCCUCCUCCCUAUACCAGACUGGUCCGGACACCUUCACUGAAGGAGUACCCCAACCAUGCCACCCGGCUGAUGCCCAGGGAGAUUGUGUCGGAGGAGUUGAAGUCGUGGCACCAGAGGAAUCAGCUCCAGAAGUCGCGUUCAAGCUCUGUGGAACCCCAGGGCUCCUACAGCGUAAAGAGCCCUACGUCACCUCAUCUGCCGCCUUAUAAACAGGGUUCUGGAAAUGUGAUUCUGCAGAGGGCGGCAGAUGGGACCCCGGUGCAGUGGUAUGUUGAAGAGGACGCUGAAAUAGUGAGCCAGGUGUAGCCAAGGAAGCUACCAGUCUUCAGCAUAUUUAGUAGGAUAUAUACAUAUUCCUUUUUUAUUUAUCUCUGUAUUUAUUAAGUGAACAGGCUCUCUGUGAGAUUGUAUGGCCGUAGAGGUGUGAUGCUGUCCUUGACAGAAUACAGAAAACCUGGACCUAUUGGUACAUUUAUAAGCACCUCUCUCACACUUUUUUAAUUUAAAAAUGUAUGUAAAGUGGUUUGCCCAUGUAUUUAUUUUGAAAAGCCUUCUAAAUUGAUUUUUCUGAGUUUUCUUAGAUGAAUUGACUUUCAGAAAAUUCCCUUACGGUGUCAUGUAGAUUAUCGUCAGCACACUCGCUGUAGUUUCAAGGACCUUGGUGGCUGGCACAUAUUUGCACAUUAAGUUCACCUAGUUUUCAUAUGUUCCAGAAGUUUUGCCAUUAAUAUAAUUCUUUCAGUGCUAUAUUUAUCUAUUUAAAAUGUUUAAUUUGUAGCAUAGAGUUAUCACUAAAAUCCCCUAAUAUACUUUUGAAAUGCAUUUCACUUUUUUAAUGUGUAAUUAAAAAAAAAAAAAAACAGCUCUAGAGCCAUGACAGCGUGAAGUAAGCUGAAUCCUAACCCGUACUAUUAAUUUUUGUAUUAAUCCCUGAUGCCUUUAGUAGCAAAGUGGUUUAUUGAAUGUUUUCACUGCAGUAUGGUGUUGUGUUACUAACCAAGUGAUUGUAUCAGUUUUGAUACUGUUUGUAUAUUUAUAAUAAAAAACACUUUUUUAUGACUAUUAA